ACGAAGCGCCAGGAGGGUGACGGCUUUCAGGCACAAACCACUCCCACAGCUCUAGAGGCCGCGGCGACGGCGCCUCCCCUCAGCUGAGGCCGGCCCGGGGCGGGACAGGCUCCGCCCGGCCGCCGCCCGCCAUUCCGCGCCGCUCCGCCCCGGGGGCCGGUCACGGCCUGGUUCCGGCUAUCGCCGCGGGUUUUUCGGCCCAGGAGCUAUGGAGGACGCCGAUUACUUCGAAGGGAGUGCGGCGGAGUGGGGGAACGAAGCAGACGGGGGAGCGCAGGAUGAUGAGGAUGGGGAGGGAGAGGAUGAUGCCGAAGUCCAGCAAGAAUGUCUGAAGAAAUUCUCAACUCCUGACUACAUAAUGGAGCCGUCUAUAUUUAACACGCUAAAAAGAUAUUUCCAAGCAGGAGGUUCUCCAGAGAAUGUCAUCCAGCUUCUUUCUGAAAACUAUACAGCAGUGGCACAGACUGUAAAUUUGCUGGCAGAAUGGCUCAUUCAAACAGGUGUUGAGCCACUGCAAGUUCAGGAGACUGUGGAAAACCAUUUAAAGAGCUUACUUAUCAAGCAUUUUGAUCCUCGGAAAGCAGAUUCCAUCUUUACAGAGGAAGGAGAGACUCCAGCAUGGCUUGAGCAAAUGAUAGCACACACAACAUGGAGAGAUCUCUUUUACAAGUUGGCAGAAGCCCAUCCAGACUGUUUAAUGCUUAAUUUUACUGUGAAGCUUAUAUCUGAUGCUGGAUAUCAAGGGGAAAUAACCAGUGUUUCGACAGCAUGUCAGCAACUGGAAGUAUUUUCCAGAGUCCUGCGCACAUCUCUGGCAACAAUUUUAGAUGGAGGGGAAGAAAACCUUGAGAAAAACCUCCCUGAGUUUGCCAAGAUGGUUUGCCAUGGAGAGCACACGUAUCUUUUUGCUCAGUCUAUGAUGUCCAUAUUAGCUCAAGAAGAGCAAGGAGGGUCAGCUGUCAGACGGAUUGCUCAGGAGGUUCAGCGAUAUGCUCAUGAAAAAGGCCAUGAUGCUAGUCAAAUCACUUUAGCAUUGGGUACUGCAGCCUCUUAUCCUCGUGCGUGUCAAGCUCUUGGUGCGAUGCUGUCCAAAGGAGCUCUGAAUCCAGCAGAUAUCACUGUCUUGUUCAAAAUGUUUACAAGCAUGGACCCACCUCCAGUAGAACUGAUUCGAGUACCUGCCUUUCUGGACCUCUUCAUGCAGUCAUUGUUUAAGCCAGGUGCUAAGAUCAACCAGGACCACAAACACAAAUAUAUUCACAUACUGGCAUAUGCAGCUAGCGUAGUAGAGAUGUGGAAAAAGAACAAGAGAGCCAGCAUAAACAAGGAUGAACUCAAGUCGACUUCAAAAGCCAUUGAAACCGUUCACAAUCUGUGUUGUAAUGAGAACAAAGGAGCAUCAGAGUUGGUUGCAGAACUGAGCACUCUCUAUCAGUGCAUCAGGUUUCCAGUGGUGGCAAUGGGUGUAUUAAAGUGGGUGGACUGGACGGUGUCAGAACCACGAUACUUCCAGCUGCAGACUGAUCAUACCCCAGUUCAUCUGGCAUUAUUGGAUGAGAUCAGUACGUGCCAUCAGCUGCUUCAUCCCCAAGUUCUACAACUUCUUGUCAAACUCUUUGAAACAGAACAUUCACAGCUUGAUGUAAUGGAGCAGCUGGAACUGAAGAAGACACUCUUGGAUAGAAUGGUGCACUUACUCAGUCGAGGAUAUGUCCUGCCUGUUGUCAGCUAUAUCCGCAAAUGCCUGGAGAAGCUAGACACAGAUAUCUCUCUCAUCAGAUACUUCGUUACAGAGGUACUGGACGUGAUUGCUCCUCCAUAUACCUCAGACUUCGUACAGCUAUUUCUUCCAAUAUUGGAGAAUGAAAGCAUUGCAGGUACUAUUAAAACAGAAGGUGAACAUGAUCCUGUCACUGAGUUUAUAGCUCACUGCAAAUCUAACUUUAUUAUGGUGAACUAAGCAGUGGAAAAAAAAUCAAGAAUGCAGAGCACAUGAUAACUACUUUGACAUACCCUCCACCAGUAAGGUUCUAUAACUGGGCAACACAGCAACAACAAAAAAAAACAUGAGAAAGGGCUGAAGGGCAUUUGAUUGACUUGCAUGCUGACCCUGAGGAUCAGGGGACUGUUAAUGUAAUUUGGAAAACAAAAUAAUACUGCAGGAUUUUCUGUUAUUAAACACAUUGAUAUAAAUCUGAAUAUUCUGAAGUGGGUAGCAGGAGACACACAAACCUGUUGCAAAGAAUGCUCUUUUCAGUUACUUGCAGAACUUGUCACUGAUUCUUCGUGUGUAAUAUAUAAAACCUGAAGAAUGGGGAAGGUAGUUCCUAAUUAACACAUCUUGCAGCUAGUUCUCUGAGGAUUAAAAAUCUUGAAUUCUAUAGGCUUUGAUCUUGUGAGUUGGGAAGAAAAAAAAAGGAAAAAGCAUGAUUACCUCUGUGCUGCAGAGUCCAUGAUGCCUCUUUCUCACCUUUGUAUUAUAGUAAAAUUCUAAAUAUCCUACAUAUGUACUGCUAUGAGAAAACAUGUUUUACAUAAUAGACAUCGACGAGGUGUAACACUCAAGGUUAGGAUCCAAUGUGAGUGUGGUAUCUCUCAGAAUCUAUUUUUUUGUUAAAUAGAUGCAUCAGAUGUUACUGGUAAGUUUCAUUACCACAUCAGAAUUUUCUUGCUGUCUAGAAACGUGUGUGCAAAAACUUCAUUACUUUGAUGUGGCUUGCUUUUUUUUUUCUAAAUGCUUCUCUGUACUCUGUCUGGGUUGUUACUAAACAGUUGGGGAUACCCCCAAGAUUACAACGUACCUUUAAAUAAAGGUCUUUUCUUUUCCA